UAUAUAUCUACUUUAUUCGAAUUUGACUCUAGAAUCUCUCAUACAUAUUUUGUGCUAAUAUAACUUAUUUCAAGAUACAUUUCCAUUUGAUAAAAAAAUGGCUGCAAUGGACAUGGAAUUAAAAAAGGCGUUUACCGAAGUGCAAAUCCAUCGUGUUGAAACGACGAAAAAGAUGAAUAUGCUGGAUAUGAAGCACGAUAUGGUCAAAACCGGUAAACAUAAAUGUAUCCUUACUGAAAAAGGUACAAGCGAUUUACCUGACGACGCUAGAGUUUAUCUUUCAGUGGGUAGAAUGUUCGUUUUAACCAAUGUACAGAACAUGCGAGAGGAUCUAAAAUCUAAACAAGAAAAAUGCCAAAAAACUCUGGAUCUACUAGAAAAAAAGAAGGAAUUUCUUGCCAAGAGUUUAAAGGACCAAGAGGACAAUCUUAGAGAGUUAGUGAAACAGAAAAAAUAUUCUGGCACAAAGGCGUCCAAUGCGGAAUAAUAACAAUUUUUUGUUUAAUCUUUUUAUAACAAUUCAUCUAUAUUAAAAUUUGCAUAACAAACGAA